AAUAAUAAUAAUAAUAAAUAAAUAAAUAAAAAAACAAACCACAAAUCUCUCUCUCUCUCUCUCUCUCUGUUGCUCUGUGCUUCUUUUGUUUUCAAUUUGAGGAUUGGAAUUUUGUAAUCUCUCUGUGAAGUUCGAAUUCUCAAAAAAGGAUUCGGUCUCAGCAAUGUCUUCUUCACAGUCAUCACCAGGCUACUACAAGUACAACACUCUUCCCUCCACAUCCGCAACCACCGCCAACGCCGCCGACCGCUCCGUCUUCGCCACGCGCCGUCCAUGGCGCGAGCUCGUCCACCCAUUCUCCUCCUUCACGCGCCCUGACACACUCGGCGAAGCCACCGCUCGCUUCAAGCGCAACCUCGGUCACUUCCGCGUGAACUACACGUUCAUCGCGCUCCUCAUCCUCUUCCUCAGCCUCCUCUGGCACCCGAUCUCCAUGAUCGUCUUCCUCGCCAUCUUCGUCGCCUGGUAUUUCCUCUACUUCCUCCGCGACCGUCCACUCCUCCUCUUCCACAUCACCGUCGGCGACCGCAUCGUCUUGGCCUUGCUCUUCAUCAUCACCAUCGUCGCUCUAGUCCUCACCGACGUCUGGCUCAAUGUCCUCGUUUCGCUCCUCAUCGCCGACGCCAUCGUUGUCCUACACGCUAUCUUUCGUGGCACCGAAGAUUUGUAUUACGACGACGAGCAAGACGCCGUCGAUGGAGGUCUCUUUUCAGUCGUCGGAAGUCCGCCCACGCGCCCCCGCUUCCCUCGCAUGUAGAUUCAAUGCAACAACAACAAAUCUGGGGUUGGAUCAUUGAUAUGUGGAGGUAAAGGUUAAUUUGAGUGUUUCCAAUGUGGCCCAGCAUGUGCAAUGUACUUGUGCUAUCCCUCAAAGCUUAACCAAUGUGGCCCCGUAUUUAGGAAAGAAAAAGUCUUUGCAAGGUGAGGCCUGAGGGAAGGAAAGGAAACUAUUGAAGAAACCAAGAGUUGUUGCUGUCUUUUGAAGCUUUGACCCCGCAAAGCCAAUGCCUUUUUCACACUGCUUUUUUGAAAUUGAAGGCCUUAUUAGAAGCUAAAGCUGGUUUCCACAUGCCCUUACUUUAGUGUGCCUGCUUGCGUGUUAUAGUUUCGUGGGGUUGCAUUAGCAAAGCCAGUGCAAUGUUUUUCAAUCUCUGCUGCUCUCACUGCACUGCUGUUGGAAAAGGUUUCGGACAAAUUUGGCUCAUUUAUUAAUCAGAGGGUCGUUAAACUUUUAUGGUUUAAAUGAAUUUUCUUCUUAUGAAUGCAUCAGUGUUUUAGAUCUUAUAAUGGUCCUUUUAAAUGUUAUUUUGUUGAUUUAAUGAUACACAUUUUGUGUAUUGGAUGUCUGAUUGAUUUGCACGACUUGGUACUUUUGACCUUCCUUCAAUUAGUGGGAUUUUGUUU